AUGUCAAGUAAAAAUCUUAAUGAUCUUUUUAUGCGUUUCGCUCUACACGAUGAAACUGAUACUCGAAAAUGCCGCGAAUGCAAGAAAUUUGUGGCGCAAGGGGCCUUAUAUCCCGUUUGUUCGGAAUGUAAUAAGACGUCUUGUCUCACUUCGUCAUAUCAAAUGGAUCCCAGCUGCUGUGUAUCUGUUACACGCGAGCAAAUUGAUCAUGAUACGCUUGUGCAUGUUAAACGUCUACGCUGGAAUAAUACGUAUAAUCGUGGAUACUGUGCAAAGAGUUGCACUAAACAUAACAUGACAUCGAUGCACACGUACUGGGAAGGUCGACUCUCAUCAUCACCAGAGCGAUUUCCCUACUUUGUUCCAAGCAAUUGGUAUCGUCUCAGUUUGCACGUAGAUUUCGCAUCCAUUCCGUAUUGGGGUUCAAAUUGGCACACUCUGUACCACGGCACUCAUCCACAGAACAUUCACAAGAUUGUCGAAAACGGAUUUUUGAUUCGCCAAUGCCAACAUGGGUUUCCAGCGAUGUACCUGUCUCCUAGUAUUCGUUAUUCCUCGCAUCCCAGAUAUGCACGCGUGGUUGUGCAAAACAACAUGUUCUUUCAGUUUGUACUUGAGGUAAGAGUCGAUAUCAGAAAAUUACAGCCCGUGAAGAAACGUGAGACGCUCAGCGUCGGCACUGUGGGUGACAUCGACCCACACUUCCCGAACAACGAAGAUCUUGAGUUCUUAUUGAAAGCGGAGAAAGGAAAAUUUCUCAAGCCUCACCAGGGUGUAGUUGUGACUGGUGUCAUGGUUCGGAAAAUCAAUUUUGAUCCUGCGUUGCUGCAAUCGAGUUGGUGGUGGUGCAAAUGGCGUACUCUGGAGCAACUUCAUCGAUUUUAUUACAAUGGCAUGGCGCAAACUGAAAGUACAAACUGA